AUGGGUCUAACCAUUUCCAGUCUAUUCACGCGAAUGUUUGGCAAAAAACAGGUGAGGAUUUUGAUGGUGGGGUUGGACGCGGCCGGAAAGACCACCAUUCUCUAUAAGCUCAAGUUGGGAGAGAUUGUCACCACUAUUCCCACCAUUGGUAACCAUUGCACUCAUUACUUGUCAUCAUUACAUACCUAUACCUUUACCACCACAUUGUUGGACAGGGUUUAA